AUGGACACGCUAUUGCAUGUAAAGAUACUUCUGGUAGAGGAAGUGGAAUCGUUGAAGAUAUGUUCUUUGGACCAGAAAUACGUGAGCACGGCUGUGCAUAUAAUCAAUGGUGAAUCCUUCCAGCUCGUGCAGCAGUUUAUAGACCAGUUCAAGGGAAAAGUGAAUAUCACAGGGGAAAUAUCUACAUCUAGUGUUAUUGCAGCUCUAAGUGAUUUCCUUACGCUUGAAAUUGUCAAAGAAGGUCAAGAAAACGAAAUGCUUUUUAUGGCCAUUGCUCUUUUGCAGACCUUCAUUCAAAAUAACUAUACAGGCCCAGCAGCAAAGUUGAGGACAGUUUCGGGGUUGUUUAACGUUACUGGAUCUGAAAUAGGUGCCAUCAAUAAAGCUCUUACCCAUUCACUAGCUAUAUUGGGCCAACCUGCUUACGAAUUAAUGGAUGAUCCAUUGUACUUAGUUCUUUCGCUUUUAUUAUUGGAGCAAAUUACUGGUCAAGCUAGUUUAUUCGAUAUUUCGCAGGAUCAAGAGGUGCCGCUACCUGUUAUUUCUGCCGAGUCUACACCCGGAUUGUUGGCUGUGGCUAAUUGGUGGAGAGCGAGAGCUCUUUUGACGCACUUGUCAUUGAUUCCGGAACCUUCUGGGUUUCAACCUAGUAUUGUCGCAUCAAUAUACCAAUCUAUAGAUUUAGUGCAUGCUAUCGUUAAGGACUUACCAGAAAACUGUAACGAAGAUUUAAAGAGACAACUCUAUGCGAUGUAUUACUUGGAACAUGUCAAAUGUUCAUUAGCUAUCAAUACAGAACAUCUUUGUUUGUCCUCCUUGACCAAAGUAAAAAAGCUGACGGAUUUUCAAUUUGUUAUGACAGGAGCUCGUGCUACGAGGACCAGGUUUCAGCAAAAGGCUCAUGCAGGUUUGAUUAUUCUUGCCAAAUCGUCUACGUUUCAGAAAUUUGCUAUAAACACAAAAUCUGCCUCACCGGAAACAUUCGCCUUGGAGUCUGAUUUGCUAUUAGAGAAGCCGCAUUUCGAAUCCGUUGCUGAUGAACCUUUAGAUGAACAAAUUUAUAGCAAAAGACCAAGACUGGACCUCGAUUCUGGCUAUGAAGAAGAUAAACUAUUACCGUUGGCGCUACGCCAAGAGAACAUUCCUAAGUCGUUGAUGGAGUUGGAUCCUAAUAACCAACCAGCUUUAUCCGAUUAUGACAAUAUUCAACUACUAUUACGUCUUCACACUAUUAAGAACACCACCCCAGCUAAAGAUCCGCUUGUAGAAGAAGAACUUACGGCUCUACUUUCUAGGAUUUUGUAUCAAGAUGGUGACAAGAAUUGGUCGGUUUUCGCCCGUUCAUUGUGGGAAAGAUCCAUUCUUGAAACAACAAAGGCUAAAACUAUUGAAAGAGGUCUUUUACAAAUGCAAUCUCUGGUGGAGGAGCUGGAUUUAAAAAUUCAAAGUAAAUUGAUUCCAAGCUCAGAUGAAAUUAAUGUGGCCGGUAGAUUAUCUUAUAUACAUCAGCUGCCAUUUAUCCCUAGGUGGGAAUUAGAUUCUACUUUAGCUGAAAAGUACAUGUCGUUGGGUAUUUUGAAAUCUGCUGUGGAAAUAUACGAAAGACUGGGUAUGGCAUGUGAAACUGCGUUAUGUUAUGCUGCUGUAGGGGACGAAAAAAAGGCAGAAGAAAUUCUUUUACAAAGAAUAGAGGAAAACGAAUUGGAUGCCAGAGCCUAUUCAAUCAUGGGUGAUAUAAAGCAAGAUCCAUCUCUGUGGGAAAAAAGUUGGGAAAUAGGCAAAUACGUUAAUGCGAAGAACUCUCUUGCCAAAUAUUACUUUAACCCUCCCGCUAAGUCUGGAAUACAACCAAAUUAUUCUGCUACUUUGAAACAUUUAAACGAUUCAUUAAGACAGUACCCACUAAGCUUUGAAACAUGGUAUUUUUACGGCUGUGUUGGUUUACAGUGUGGUAAGAUGGAACUAGCUGCUGAAGCAUUUUCCAGGUGCGUUUCGUUAGAUCCUCACCAUGCCCUGUCAUGGUCCAACUUAAGUGCUGCGUACAUGAAAUUGGAUAAAUUGAAAGAAGCGUUUAGCUGUCUGAAGAGAGCUGUUGCAUCUGACGCACAAAAGAAUUGGAAAAUUUGGGAAAACUACAUGCUUGUUGCUGUUAAAUUAAAUGAGUGGGAAGAUGUCCUAGUGGCAUGCAAACAAUUGGUUAGUAUCAGAAGAGAUAAAUCUGGCGAAGGCUCUAUUGACUUACCUAUCAUUGAGAAAUUAGUGGAAUUAUUGGUAACUAGCGAAUAUUCAGAAGAUGCAGAAAAACUAUCUUACUUCCAAAAAAGCUGUACGGAAUUCAUAUGUGUCACUUUACCUCAAGUGAUUACUACGAGUGCAAGAUGCUGGAGAAUAGUUGCUAGAGUAGAACUUUGGAGGAAGAGACCAUGGGCCGCAUUAGAAUGCCACGAGAGAGCUUACAGAGCCAUUUCACAUAAUCCCGAUUUGGAAAUCGACGAAAAAGCCUGGGAUGAUACAGUAGACGCUUGUGAAGACUUGGUCGCUGCAUAUGAAUCUCUCGGUGAAAUGCAAGGUAAAUAUGGGCCCGACAGUUUGGUGUGCAAAGAUUGGAAAUACAAGUGUAGAUCAACUAUCAAGGCACUAAUGAGUAAAGGCAAAGGUAGGUGGGAUGACUCCCUUGGUUGGGAUAGAUUAAUCGAAGCCAGAAGUCAAAUAUGA